AUGAGGAGGGAGCGCUCGCGGUGGUGGUGGAUCUGGCGCGUCCAGCGGCGGGGGUGCGAGGAAUGCAGCCUACCUGCCGUGGGCCUGCGGCGGCGGCGGGGGUGGGGCGCCUGCCUUUGUCUUAGUCCUCGGGCAGUUUUUUGUGGCGCGCUCCGGGAACGACCGACCCACUGGGUCUGGCGCACGGGGGAGGCUGCGACGGCGGCGGCGGCAGCGGCGGCGGCGGCGGCGUGGGGUGGCCCGGGUAACGACCGGCGGAUUCCUCCGGGGUCUAAUGGCAGACCCGGACCUGCGGAAAAGGAAAAGGCGCUACAUCAUGGCCCUAGGACAGCGACACACAGGCCGGCGCAGGCGGACACUCCGGGGUCGAAUCAGCGGGGCGUGGUGCGCCGGACGCGCUCGUGCUCCAGCCCCGCGCCGCUCAACGGCGGCCAGCCCUGCCCCGGCACCGCCGUCCAGAAGGCCGAGUGCAUCGGGCCGUGCCCGCCGCAGCAGCCCGAGGCGUCUACGGUGGUGGACGGCCGCUGGUCGCCGUGGUCUCCGUGGUCGGUGUGCGGACCCGACUGCCGGCAGCAGCGACACCGCGCCUGCACCAGCCCGCCUCCCAGCCACGGGGGCCGCUUCUGCCCCGGCAGGGACACCGCCGUCGCCGACUGCGCCGGGGGACUCUGCAGGCUCUCCGCCGGAAACCAGGCAGAAGCUGCUGGCAGCCAUGACUCGGUGCAGCUGUCAGAAGAAGCGGUGCACCCGCCGGACGUGGCGCUGUACGUGGGCCUGGCCGUCGCGAUGGUGGUGUUCGCGCUGAUGGCGGCGGCGGGCGGCUACCACCCGGAGAAGCGCCGCCUGCAGCCCGACCUGACGCAGACGGCGGUGAUCGCGGCCGCCUGCUACGAGUACCCCUACAGCGAGCCGCCGCCCCCGCCACCCGGCGCCCUCUCCCACGACGACGACGAGGAGGAGCACCACUACGACGAGCCGCUGCGCCCCGGCGGCUCCACCUCCAGCCUCAGCAGCGCCGGCACCGCCUCAGGGGCCAAGUUAUCUUACGCGAGCUGUACGAAUUCUAGGCCACUUACAGCGGCCCAGAGGGUUCGAUAUGUUGGUAUGGUGGGGCAGCAACGCCGCAGCACCAGUGCGACCAGCCGCAGCCCUGUGUUGAUGGAGUACGCUUUCCCGUUCGCAGUGCUGCAGGCGUCGCUGGAGCCGGAGCUGAGCGCGGCGGGCGUAGCGACGGCGGCGGGCGCGCGCCUCGAGCUGCCCGAGCUGGGCGUGGCGCUGACGGUGCCGCAGGGCGGCGUGGCGCGCGGACGGCGCCAGCGCGUGCUGGUGGCGCUGCUGCGCGACGCGCGCCCGCCGCUGCCAGACGGCUGCGUGCGCCUCUCGCCCGUCGUCAUGUGCGGCCCGCUGCGCCUCGAACUCGCCAAGCCGCUCAUCCUCAGCUUCCAGCACUGCGCCGCGCCGCCGCACGACGCCUGGCGCCUCUCCGUCUGGUGCUGCGACACGCCGCCCGGACAGCCGCCCUUCUGGCAGGUCAGUCCGUGCUGCACGCGCACUCUCGCCGAGUACUCGUGGCAAGAGGAGGCGGUGCUGGGCGAGGAGACGAUCAACACGGCGGUGUACGCGCAGCUGGACCCGGGCCGCGUGCACCUGGCGUGCGAGGCGGGCACGCGCUGCGUGCUGGUGGGCCGGCCUGCGCGGACGCGCGCCGCCAGGAAGAGCCUGCGUCUCGCACUGUUCGGCCCGCCUGUGCCGCCGCUGGUCGCGCUGCCCAACUGCAGCCUGCGCGUCUACGUGCUCGAGGACACACGCGAGGCGCUACAGAGUGUGGAACGUGAAGAGGCAACAUUGGGUGCACAGUUGCUGGACCUUCCUAGGACCUUGCACUUUGAGGAUGGUGGUGGACCCCUCAUACUGAGCCUUGAAGAUGUUGGUCCUGGCUGGCACAGCAAACCACAAGCUGGACAUCAGGAGAUACCGUUCCAGCAUGUGUGGAACCCAAGUCACGGUCACUUGCACUGCUCAUUCUCACUGGAACGCACAACAGUGCCACAACAGCCAUUGUCACUCUCAGUAGCAGCAUGCCAGCAGGGUAACAACAGCAAAGUUGUCCUAAGGGUGCAGCCUGACCUUGGUGCAGUGCCCCUAACCCCUGGACUCACCACUCUGACUGUUACUACAAGCAGUGGUUGCAGCUCUCUGAGGUCAUCCCCAGCCAGUGCUUCACAUUCACCCUUCAGGGUGCCGCGUGCAGUCUGCAAGCAGCUGGCUAAGAGCCUAGAUCCUCCAAAUGCAAGGGGAAAUGACUGGCGUAUGCUUGCUCGACAACUGGGCGUUGACAGGUACAUCAACUAUUUUGCAACUAAAGCUAGCCCCACAGAGCACAUUCUGGAUUUAUGGGAAGCAAGGCACAGGGAACCUUCUGCUGUUCCUGAUCUGCUCAAUGUGCUGCGGCUGAUGGGGCGCUCUGAUGCUGCAGCUCUCCUUGAACGAGAACUCGUGCACAAUUCUGAAGUCCUCCAUGAACAUCAAGAGGCCAUGCUGACCUCUGGUCCCAAGGCUCAGCCACAGAAGCAGCAAUCACCAAAAUGCUGGAAGAAGUGCUGCCUCAUGGUGGAGAAUGAACAGUCAGAUCCAGAAGGCAAUGCUGAGGCAUUUCUGGUUAUAGAGCAGAUGACCAUAGAUACAGAAGAACUGCCAUGCAGGAAUGCCCAGCGGGACAGCAACACAACCUUCCCGUGA